CUUCCUUCCCUCCCUCUUCCUCUCUCUCUCUCUCUCUCCACUCCCCCCUCUCUCUUCCCCACUCUGCUCCUCUCCCCCCUCGCGCCCACAGCGUUUGGUGUUGAUUCGAGCGGGAAGAGGGGGGUGGGUGGGAUCGGAGGGGGAGACCAUGACCUCCAGCUACGGGCACGUUCUGGAGCGGCAGCCGGCGCUGGGCGGCCGCUUGGACAGCCCGGGCAACCUCGACACUCUGCAGGCGAAAAAGAACUUCUCAGUCAGUCACCUGCUAGACCUGGAGGAGGCCGGGGACAUGGUGGCGGCGCAGGCGGACGAGAGCGUGGGCGAGGCGGGCCGGAGCCUGUUGGAGUCGCCCGGUCUCACCAGCGGCAGUGACACCCCGCAGCAGGACAAUGAUCAGCUGAACUCAGAGGAGAAGAAGAAGAGAAAGCAGCGGAGGAACAGGACCACCUUCAACAGCAGCCAGCUGCAGGCUUUGGAGCGUGUCUUUGAGCGGACACACUACCCUGAUGCUUUUGUGCGAGAAGACCUCGCUCGCAGGGUGAACCUCACCGAGGCCAGAGUGCAGGUGUGGUUUCAGAACCGAAGAGCUAAAUUCCGCAGAAAUGAAAGAGCCAUGCUGGCCAAUAAAAAUGCUUCCCUCCUUAAAUCCUACUCAGGGGAUGUGACUGCCGUGGAGCAGCCCAUCGUACCUCGUCCUGCUCCAAGACCCACCGAUUAUCUCUCCUGGGGGACAGCCUCUCCGUACAGCGCCAUGGCUACUUAUUCUGCCACAUGUGCCAACAAUAGCCCUGCACAGGGCAUCAGCAUGGCCAACAGCAUUGCCAACCUGAGACUGAAGGCCAAGGAAUAUAGUUUACAGAGGAACCAGGUGCCGACAGUCAACUGAGGAAAAACAAAUAAUAAAACAGGCCUAAGAAGAAAUCAAAAACCAUAAUACACCUAUCCUGCUCUGACAUUUCUUCAUCUGCUGGGGAAAAAAAAAAAUCAAAACAAACAAACAAACAAAAAAACAGCACUAAAAUAUUGGGACCAUGGCAGAGAAAAGCAGGAGAGGAGCAAAAUGAAAAUUAGUUAACAAAUGUUCCUCCUCCCUCUGGGAUACUACCACCACUUGUUUCUGCGUGUGUUUAUUUUAUUUUCUUUCCAUUCAUGCUUUGCUUAAUAUACUCCAAGCUUUUUCAGUUAGGUUCAGCCCACCUACUCCCAUAAUUGUAUGAGGUUUAAAAAAAUCUACAGCAGCCAAAGAAACCAUAUAUAUACUCAGAAUAAG